AUGGCGAACGAAGUCAAAACCGAGCCUACAGAUGUGGCCGACUAUCCGUUUGAUCUCGGAUCUUUCGGACGAAAGGUUUCAACGUCGAGCACUGCAGCGCAGGCAUGGUUCAACCGCGGCUUGACAUGGACCUAUGCUUUCAACCACAUGGAAGCAGUCAAUUGUUUCGAGAAGGCAAUCGCUCAUGACUCUCAGUGUGCCAUGGCGUAUUGGGGUAUUGCGUUUGCCUCCGGUCCUAAUUACAACAAACCAUGGGAACUCUUCGACGAGCAUGAUCUCCGACACACCUUGCAAACCACCUCCGAGGCCGCCAGUACCGCUCAAGCCCUUGCAUCCUCUGUGACGCCGAUCGAACAGGGUCUCAUCAAAAGCAUCCAAAUUCGUUUUCCGGGACCGCACCUAGUGUCCCUUGAGCAGCUGAAGUCUCAGAGCCGUGCUUAUGCCGACGCGAUGGCGGCUGUGUAUAAAGAGUUCAGUAAUGACCUGGACGUUGCUACAUUCUACGCCGAUGCGAUGAUGACCCUGACACCGUGGAAGCUCUAUGAUGUCUUUACAGGCGAGCCCACAGAAGAGGGUCGCGCAGUGGAGAGCCAGCAAGUACUGGAGCAUGCAUUGAAGCUGGAUGGGGCGACCAAGCACCCAGGCCUCUUGCAUAUGUACAUUCAUCUUUCUGAGAUGUCUCCUAACCCUGAGCGAGGACUUAGUGCUGCAGAUUGUCUUCGGGAUCUCAUUCCUGAUGCAGGCCACACGCACCAUAUGCCGGUUCAUCUUGACAUCCUGGUUGGAGACUACCGGCGAGCAAUUUCCUCCAACACGCAUUCAACUUUAGCCGAUGAGAAAUACCUAGCAGUUGCCGGACCAAACAACUUUUACACCCUGUAUCGCAUGCACAACUAUCAUUCAUUGAUCUAUGCGGCUAUGUUCGCUGGCAGGAAACAAGUUGCGAUGGAUACAGUGGAUCGCAUGGAGUCUUCCCUGCCGGAGGAUGUUCUGCGCGUCAAGUCUCCCUCCAUGGCAGAUUGGCUAGAAAAUUUCAUGGCGGUUCGCCUCCAUGUCAUGGUUCGUUUCGGCCUAUGGGAGGAUAUCAUCCAGAUGACCCCCCAGAGGAUCAAGACUACCACUCAUUACGCCAAAGGCGUGGCAUGGGCCUCUCUCAGAAAUAUGCAGGAAGCAGAGCGGGAACGAGACCUCUUUAGGGCUGCGGUUGAACGUGUUCCUCAUACCCGUCGUAUGCACCCGAACAAAUCAUUGGAUAUAUUGCGGGUCGGUUCCGCCAUGUUAGAUGGAGAGAUUGAAUACCGCCAGGGCAACUACCAGCAAGCAUUCGCUGAUCUGCAGAAGGCAAUCGAGUUUGAAGAUAGCCUGACCUUCAGUGAACCCUGGGGUUGGAUGCAGCCAGUUCGUCAUGCGUUCGCUGCUCUUAAGCUGGAGCAGGGACAUGUUGAGGAAGCGGCCGAAGCAUACAAGGAUGACCUGGGCCUGAAUGAUACUCGUGCACGUGCACAUCAUCACCCCAAUAACGUGUGGGCUCUUCAGGGAUACUAUGAGUGCCUCGUGCGAUUGGGCCGGACGGUGGAAGCAGUGCUGAUUGCCCCUCAAGUCAAAAUCGCCUUGGCCGUGGCCGAUGUUCCCGUUCAGUCAUCAUGCUUCUGUCGACUGGACACCUCUUGUGUGCCGAACGUCUGUGAGCCAGAGUGCCCGAAAACCUCCAAGGAGUCCUGCUGUAGAGCUUAA